AUGCUCAGCAACCCAUUUUGUUUCCUGGUACAGGUUAGUGAAUAUUUACCUUGUGGCGGUUAUCGAAGUGAUAACCGUUUUUUGGUGCUGCUGCCUUGCCAACCUACUGUAAAACGCUUGAUAAAUUUUGCUACUUCUGUUAUUUCUUGGCCGCGAAAUUUGUUGGUCUGUGGUGAUGUGGAGGCAAAUCCAGGGCCCACCGACAGAGAGCUUUUGUUGGAACUUCUUGCCGGCCAGAGCAAGAUGAAUGAUACUGUUCUAAAUGUUCUUUCCUCUCAAAAUGAAAUUAACAAAAAAAUGACUGCGUUAACUGAACGAAUUGAUGGACUGGAGCGGCAGAUAACCGGUUUAAACGCGGUGACCAAGCAAAUAAAGGACAUAGAAGCCGCAGUAUCAGGAUUUGACGCACAAUUAUCUUCACUCCAUGCUAAAGUAGAUGAUUUAGAAAACAGAAGCCGCAGAAAUAAUUUGAUAAUUUAUGGUAUAGACGAGUCUAAUACUGAGACAGUUGAAGAGCUUGAAGAGAAGGUAAAAAACGAGGUUUUUCUACAAAAACUAGGAAUAACAAUCACCGGAAUUGAGAGAUGCCAUAGGCUUGGCCGAAAAGUUGAAAACAAGCCCCAUCCAACUAUCCUCAAGUUCAUCGAUUACCGGGAAAAAUUAGCAAUAUUAAGGUCAUCUUAUAAAUUAAAAGGCACUAAGGUAUCAAUAUCUGAGGAUUUCUCAAUCAGAGUUCGCGAAAUUCGAAAGCAUUUAUGGAAAAGUGCGGCUAACGAGAAAGAAAACGGAGCAAAAGUUAAACUAGUUUAUGAUAAGCUGAAUGUGGACGGUGUGCUGUUUGGAUGGGAUGAAGGGAAGGGUUCACGCUUCAAGAUAAGCAAAACAGAUAAAUGACGGUGUAGAAGUGCUUCUCGGUCAUUGCGCUUGUUGAAUGUCAAUUGUAGAAGCGUCCUUAACAAGGCCACAGAGUUGGAAGGAAUUUUGCUCUGUCAUGAUCCUGAUA